GGAUAUAUAGCUCCGAGAGGAGGCCACUGAGCUACACUGAGACUGGAACCCACUUGCAGUGCACAAGACCACAAGCAAGAAGACUCCGAAGCCGGGAGUAGAAGUACCAACACAUCUUUUUAUCUUGGAGCUUUUGAGAGGACAAAGACAAACGAGUUCUACACGGACUGUCUGCUGCUGGAGCUCCGAUACAACCUGAUUUGACGCACAGCUAUACACCAGUGUUUUUACUGGACAGCUUAAACAAAAGUUGGUAGUAAACUCUUUGGAGUUUGGUUAGAGUCACUAUUUUUCUUUGCUUGUGAGAGUGGACUGCACUGAAACUUGGGAUCGACCCGUCUGGAAAGUCGGGCUUUGGACCUGGCGCAUCUUUUUCAAGCUUUUCAACUGCGAAAGUUUUUUGGCCAGACCUGAAGAAGAAGACUUCUUCUUCCAGAGUCCCCGACUUUUUUUGAGUAGCUGCUACCCGAGACACCCAACCUGGGAGACCGGAUAGAGAGCCACUGACGAGACGUCCAAGAAAACGUUAUCAAGCUCCCUCUUUGACUGUCUGCUGCACUAAAGCUUACAACAGUUCUUCAGAGGAGCUUUCCUAGAUACGUUAAAGAAGUGCAGUAACUUGCAACAAAGAAGCAACAACUCGGUCAAACCAGCGAUCACAGAAACAAGAACGACACAAUCGUCCAUCUAAGCCGACCCAAUGGCGUGGUCAGCUCUUACCGGCCCCUGCGUGGCCCUCGUACUACUCUUCUUCGGUUUGACCUCCUGCAACCCCUCCGGCCCGGCCUCCGCCACCUGUGCCACCCUUGAACAGAGCCGCUUCUUCGGUGUGUUCUCCUCGACGACCACCCUGCACUCCACGCCAUGCUCCUGGACCCUGCAGAACCCCGAUCCUCGCCGCUACAAUGUCUACAUGAAGAUCACCAAGCCGACCGACUCCUGCGUGCCCCGCCAGAUCAAAACCUUCCAGUUCGACUCGUUCAUCGAGACCUCCCGUACCUACCUGGGCAUGGAGAGCUUUGACGAGGUUGUCAGGCUGUGCGACGCGUCCACCACCGUCACUUACCUGGAGUCCAGCAAGCAGUUCUUGCAGAUCCGCAAGAUGGCAGCGAGGAACGGCGUGGAGAUGCUUGAGGGUCAGAAUGAUGUCAGCGAGUUCAAGGCCGAGUUUCUGGUCGUUGGGAAGAGGAACCCAAGCAUGCCCGCCUGCCAGAUGCUGUGCCAAUGGCUUGAGAAGUGCCUGUCCAGUAGCACCCACGAUUACCCCUGCGGCAUCAUGAACACACCCUGCCAGUGCUGGGAGGCCCCAAAGAGGAAGCCAGGAAGCUGCUACAGAGGCGGUGUCUACGUUGAGAAAUGCCUUGCUGUACCCAGAGACAACGGACGCGAUGCUGAGAUUAUCAAAGGCUGGGCCGGUUGGGGUCGUUGGUCAGUUUGCAGCCAGGAGUGUGGUGGUGGAGUCCAGCUGCGCAGCCGAGCCUGCCAGCCCGAGGAUGAAGUUUGCGAGGGAACAGUUGAAGAGGGAAAGGCCUGCAACCCUCAGCCCUGCAUUGGCAAAGAGCGCAGCAGGAGCCAGGGUCUAAGAGCCAUUGUCGGUUUGAAGAGGGACAAUACUGAUGAUUCGCACCUUGGAGUCGUUGCAACCCAAACAGUUGAUGCUAAGACCGAUGAGUGGUCCCCCUGGAGCACCUGCUCAAUCACCUGCGGAGAGGGCUGGCAGAGCCGCACCCGUGUCUGCGCCACUUCCUCUUUCACCACCCAGUGCACCGGACCCCUGCGUGAAAACCGCCCCUGCAACAACACAGCCGUCUGCCCCGUGAAUGGUGCUUGGGAUGAGUGGACCCCCUGGAGCCUGUGUUCAUCCACCUGCGGUCGUGGUUAUCGUGAGCGUUCUCGCACCUGCAAGCAGCCCCUGAACGGAGGAGAGCCUUGCCGGGGACCCACAAAACAAACCAAGUUCUGCAACAUCGCUGUCUGCCCAGUGGAUGGAUCCUGGAAUGAGUGGUCUGGAUGGACCGCAUGCACCGCGUCUUGCUCCAACGGCACCAUGCAGAGAACCCGGGAGUGCAACGGCCCAUCCUACGGAGGCUCCGAGUGCCAUGGAGGCUGGAAAGAGUCAACCAACUGCUUCCUGAAAGACUGCCCCGUUGAUGGACGCUGGCACGCAUGGACCUCUUGGGGAAGCUGCAGCAAGACUUGCGGUGGAGGCAUCCAGCAGAGACAGAGAGUCUGUGAAGGACCAUUCUUUGGAGGAGAGCCUUGCCCCGGUGAAAAGGGAGAGCAGAAGCGUUGCAAUGAGAAGAGAUGCCCUGAGCCCCAUGAGAUCUGCCCUGAGCAGAACACCGGAGAUGUUGUGUGGAAGAAAACCCCCGCCGGAGACAUGGCCGCAGUUGUCUGCCCUGCUGAUGCCUCAGGUCUGCUCCUUCGCCGGUGCACCCUGGACGCUGUAGGCCUCGCCUCAUGGGAGAGCCCAACUCACAUCAAGUGCGUCUCCAAGAACUACGAGAACAUUCAGAUGCUGUCAAGGGACUACAACUCCAAAGCACAGAUUGGGCAGAGCAUAGAUGGUGUUGCCGAGGUGAUCUCACGCCUAAGAUUCUCCUCCGAUGAGGGCGCCAGGUACAGCGGCGACCUCUUGGCCGUCAUGGAAAUCCUGAAGAACACCACAGAACUGUACAAGGGGACCAGGCUGAGAGUGAGCAACGCCGAUGUCGAGAACUACGUCCAGACAAUCAGCAACUUACUGAAGGAGGAACAUCGUGACAAAUGGGAAGAGGCACAGCUGAUGGGUGCCAACGUAAAGGAGUUCCUCCGCCUUGUCGAAGACUUUGUGAACAUGAUCGGUAUGCAAAUGAGCGGCUUCCAGGACAUUUACGAAGUCACCGAGAAUUUAGUGCUGAGCAUCCACAAGCGCCCAACAACCACGAACACCAACUUCACAUUCCCAGUGAAGGGCUGGAGGGGCAUGCUGGACUGGGUCAGGACAUCUGAGGAGAAGAUCUCAGUGUCCCGUGAUGCACUGUCCAUUGAACAAGCUGAUGGCAAUGAUGCUUUUGUGACUGGCAUCGUCCUCUACAGAAACCUCGCCUCUAUUCUGUCCUUCCAGAGUAACACCACCCUCCUCAACUCCAAAGUGGUGACGGUGAUCGUCAAGCCCACCCCGACUUUCCUGUCCACCCCCGUCGAGAUCGAGUUCCCCCACCUCCACAACGGCACCAUGAAUGAGACGUGCCUCUCCUGGGACGAGAGCGAAACUUCCUCUCUGCUCGGCUCUUGGUCUACUCGGAGCUGCAGAGCGGUGCCAGUUGAUUCAUUCAGAACCAAAUGCGUGUGUGACAGCCUCUCCACCUUCGCCAUCUUAGCGCGCGUCAACUUCGACUCGAUCAUGGACAAAGCACUGCUCCCGUCCGUGACUCUCAUCGUUGGCUGUGGGGUCUCCUCUCUCACCCUGCUGCUCCUCAUCAUCAUCUAUGUCUCCGUGUGGAAGUACAUCCGCUCCGAGCGCUCCGUUAUCCUUAUCAACUUCUGCCUCUCCAUUAUAUGCUCCAAUGCCCUCAUUCUCAUUGGACAAACUCAGGCUCGCAACAAGGUGGUGUGCACUCUCGUCGCCGCUCUCCUGCACUUCUUUUUCCUCUCCUCCUUCUGCUGGGUGCUGACAGAAGCUUGGCAGUCCUACAUGGCUGUCACUGGUCGUCUGCGCAACCGCAUCAUCCGCAAGCGUUUCUUGUGCUUGGGCUGGGGACUUCCCGCACUGGUGGUGGCUGUGUCUGUGGGUUUCACAAAAGCUAAGGGAUACGGCACUGUCAACUACUGCUGGCUGUCUCUCGAGGGCGGACUCCUCUACUCUUUCGUCGGCCCUGCCGCAGCUGUUGUUUUGGUGAACAUGGUCAUUGGUAUUCUGGUCUUCAACAAGCUGGUGUCCAAGGACGGCAUCACCGACGUGAAGCUGAAGGAGAGAGCCGGAGCCUCACUGUGGAGCUCUUGCGUGGUUCUGCCCCUCUUGGCCCUCACCUGGAUGUCCGCCGUGCUGGCCAUGACCGACCGCCGCUCCGCCCUCUUCCAGAUCCUCUUCGCCGUCUUUGACUCUCUGGAGGGUUUCAUCAUCGUCAUGGUGCACUGCAUCCUGCGUAGAGAGGUUCAAGAAGCCGUAAAGUGCAGAGUAGUCGACCGCAAGGACGACGGCAAUGGAGACUCUGGCAGUUCCCACCACAAUGGCCACACCCAGCAUAUGCAGUCUGAUAACGAAAAGGAUGGAGAUUCAAGCAGACAAGGAAUGAAGAGCUCCUCUGAGGAGAAGAUGCCUCCUCCUCAGCUGCCUCUUCCCAUGGGCUCCAACUUCCACACCCUGCCGUCCAACCUCAGCAAGAGCCACAUGCAGGCCGUCCCUGAAUAUUCCAGCCACACCCUCACCCUGAAGAGGGAGAAGAGCCGCCUGGCGGGAGGAGUCGAUCCGACCUGCGGGAAGCCCGUGUACGUCUGCGAGGGGGAGCUUUUCAAGCAGCUGGACGCCGAUCUCGCCCGGGCCCAGGCCGAAGGCAGCAUCUCCGACGGCAGCAGCUACGUCCUCAUGCCCAACACCACCUCCACCCUGAGGUCCAAGCCCAAGGACGACCCCACCAAAUACAACAUCAGCGUGGAGCAGAUGCCACAGGCCAGGCUUAUGCACCUCAGCGGGCCCUUCGCCGAGCCCCAGGCCGCCUUCGGCAUCAAGUCGAUCCCCAUGGACCAGGUCAGCGUGUCGUACUCGGAGAGAGACUCGCCCAUCCAGAACAUCCACAACAUGUCCAGCGAGUCUCACAUCACCCACAGCAGCCUGGAAAACACCUUCGAGUCCAUGAACUCCAUGAUGUCCAAGAGUGAGACCAUCUCCACGCUGUCCAUGAGCUCCUUGGAGAGACAGAAAUCCCGUUAUGCUGAGUUGGACUUUGAGAAAAUAAUGCACACAAAGAAACGCCACCAGAACAUGUUCCAGGACCUGAACAGGAAGCACCAUCACGCUGAGAAAGAUAGGGAGUCCCCUGCUUCUGACAGCAAGUCUGUGAGAUGGAGUGUGUCUUCAGGAGGAAGUGACAAAACGAACCACAGUGACAAGCAGCAGGGUACUAUGGAGAGGCCGUGGGAGGGAGUCCGGGGAAAUCAGCAGUCACCCCCCGCAUGGGUACGCAAAGACCUGGAGCCCCUCGCCGCCUCACCUCUGGAGCUGCACUCUGUGGAAUGGGAGAAGGCCGGCACCACCAUCCCUCUGGUGGGGCAGGACAUCAUCGACCUGCAGACGGAGGUCUGAGGGGUCUGAGGGGGGCUCGAGAAGCCACCUGAUUUCACCUCGUUUACCUUUUUGGUUUGGAAAUGGUAUCCUAUUAUGGAUAGAGUAGAAGGAGACCAAGAAUGGAAGGAAAGUAAGAAAGUAGGUCCCAAGAAUCAAUGUCUUCAAACCCUCAACCAGAGCAGGAAGGAAGUGGAGGGAAGGAGGAGUGGAUGUGGUGGUGGUGGGAUGUUUAAUGUAGCUUCUCUGUGUGGACUUAAAAAGCAUCUCGUGUCCGAGUGCUUAGCGGAGGGUUAACCCUUAAGAAGGGUUAGCAGAGCGAUCAGUGGCUUCCAUGGACCAGGACUGGCCGUGUUGCCAUUAAACGCUUCACUGGGAGUUUUCCUGAGCUCUUCAAGGGUUGAGAAGAUGUGGUCGACAUGUCUGUGCUUCUUUUUUCCUUCAACUCAACUUCGGAGAAGAAUGAGAUAACAUAAUGCGGCGCUUCCUCCCCGCUACUCGGGAGGAACGACCGUAAAACUCUCGGCAUGCUCCUCUUCCAGCCGUGUUACCUUCCAAAAUAGGACAAGGCGAAAGAGAGAGCAUAAGAGACCAGUUUCACGCUUGGAGUCCAACACUCUGCACUUUGAUAGAAGGGCGAACACAUUUUUUGUUUUCUUGGGUUCAUUUACUUUCUCUAUUUGUGUUUGUUUGCUUUGAAAUGAGCCUCUUCCAUGAGACUCUAUACUGAGACUAUAUACUGGAGAGCAGGCUUAAUCAUACUGAUAUCUGCUAUUACCAUCACGGUUAUUAUUAUUACAAUGAUUAUUGUCAGUGUUAUGAUUAUAAUUAUCGUUAUUAUUGAGUUUAUACCCGAUAUUCGAUUUUUCAUCCCCCUCAUGACUGUCACACACAAAGUUCUAUUAUUUUUGUGCUGUGACCAACAACAUUAGGCUCCGAAAAAAAAAAAAGCAUCUUUAAUGAGCCCAUAUGGACUGCAUCGGGACAAACAUGCUGAGUGGUGAUGGAGGCGGUUACCCACAAAUGUCCUGGUUUUCUCCAGCAUUCUGCUUCGAUACCAAAACACCAGCACCAGAAUGAACACAGACUCUCACACAGGAAGAGCAGUGCACUCUGGGGAAAAUAGCUGGUUGGUUCAGCUGGCACAAGAUGCAGGCUCUUCCAUGUCGUACAUGUGGAUCUGAGGGGUCAGCGAGACCUUUUCAUCAUCGCCCUUAUUUGUUUCUCAGCCUUGCAGGACUCUUGGACCGAGCGGAGGCCCCCUGGCGCCGAUGUGACUUCCAAUGCGGCGCCAGGUCCUCAAGACUUCAACACAUUUUGUGUUUUCCGCCAUCAGUGUGAAAUAGUGCAAUAUGAUGGGCGCUUGAUGAUCAAGCAAGACUGAUAUUAUCAUUAAGGCAGAAUUUUUUCUUACCGACCGUUUCAACACUUUUAUACCAUCUUCCUCAUAUUUACAGAGCGUAUAGAUGCUUUAUGAGAAUAUUGUAUAACAAAUCUGUAUUAGUAAUUCAAGGAAUUUAAUCACUAGAGAUUUGUUAGCGCAGACUCCAUAUUUGGAGCUCUCUGUGACAGGUAGAUAAUUGUACUUCUAUAAAGAGAACAUUAUAUAGAAUGAAUGAUAGCUUAUGAAUAGCUCUAAAACUGUACUUCAGGAUAUUUGUUAUUACUCUCCGCUGUAUAGUGGUGGGUAAUAGAACCUCAUGUCUUCUGUAAAAGUGUGUUUUUGAUAACCUUGUCAGUGACUCGAUAGUAUGUUCUACCAGCCAAAUUCCCUAUGUCCCUUACCCUCAACCCCAUUCAUACCUCGAGUCAACCGUACUGAAUACCCAUUUGUAUUUUCUUGUCUUGACUUUAUUAUGUUCUGUUUGACCUCCUGUUAAGGUACAGUUUUCACAGCACAAAAUGAAUGUGACUUUCUAAUAAAAACAAAACUAUAUUAAAUGAA